AUGAAAACUGCUCCCGGGUGCAGCCCCAUGCGGGCUGGCUGUUCUGUGCCCCUGGGCCAGACGAUGGCCAAGAAGCUGCUGCUGAGCGCCCCCGCUCUCCGUGUCCUCUGCUUUCCAAGCCCCCCAAGCCUGCCCUGCCGCCUGCCAGGUCAUGAACACCCGGCCGCACUGGCUACCAAGUCUUCUCCGUCAGCUCCAUGGCCGUCAGAACUGAGAUAG